GCGCGCCGGUCAAAGCCUUCCGGCGGGGAGAGGCGUCGCUGUGCGCGCGGGCCGGGCCGGUGCGGAGAGAGCGGCGGGAUGGCGCUGCCGGGUGGAAAUAAGGAUAAUAUUAGAGCUGGAUGCAAGAAAUGUGGCUACCCUGGUCAUCUGACAUUUGAAUGUCGAAACUUCCUCCGAGUAGAUCCACAAAGAGAUAUUGUUUUAGAUGUUAGCAGCACUAGCAGUGAAGACAGCGAGGAGGAGGAACUACAGAGAUUACAAGCCAUGCGUGAAAAAAAGAAUUUAAAUGAAGAGGAAGAAAAAAAGAAACAAAAAAGAAAAAGCAAAGAUAAAACAAAAUUAAAAAGACCGAGGAAAAGAUCUUCCUCAUCAAGUUCAGCAGAAGAGGAUGAGCCAAAGUCAAAAAAACAAAAAUCACACAAAAAAGAAAAGGAAAAGGGAAAAAAGCAUAAAUCGAAGAAAGGAAAGCAUCAUAAAAAGGAGAAGAAGAAGAGACGAAAGGAAAAAAGUUCAUCUUCUAACAGUUCAGACAGUUCGAGUAGUGACUGACAUGCUGGCCUAUUUUUGUAUUUGCCUCUGCAGAGAAGAUGAUUUUCCUUUCACAGCAAGUUUAUUUAUGCUUUGCAAUGCUGUUUUAAAAGGGGAUAUAUAUAUAUAUAUUGAGAAAUCUAUUUGCAUACAUCACUGCUUCAAAUUAGUAGGUGGACCAUCUAUAAAAAAUCUGCUUUUCUAUUUCAGUUUUAUUAGUACUAAACAGUGCAACUAGUUCUUCACUCUUAGUUUUAGUUCAGUUGUGAUUGUGUUUGUAAUCCUUUACAGUAGGAUGUGGUAAAUUUCAGUUUGCAAGCCUUUGUGUAGAAAGAUAUGGACUUAAAUAUGCUUAAUGUCAGAGUGUUACAUCAAAUUUGGAAAUUCAGGUGAAAUUUUCUAUUACCCUUUAAAUAAAUGUAUGUUUUAUGCAACAUUUUCUGCUUACAUACAUUAAUCAGUAAGUGCAAAUAUGAAUCAGUGUUCAGGCCCUGAGACGGGAAGAAUGAGCAAUGAGAAGCUAAAAAAGAUUGAUCCUUCAAAAUUAUCUCCUAAAAUUGAUCUAAUCAUAGACUGUGGAACAUAAUUACACAUUCUUUUGUCAGGAUCACUAUAAGCAAGCUGAAAAUAAACAAGCAAACCAAAGCUAUCAGUUUUUAAAGUCCUUUUUCCUUGGGUUUUUUUCUUUUAUGGUUAUGCACAUUUCAUCUUUGACAUAGGUGUAAAAGUUUGGAUAUCAAACCAAGACUUCUAGUGUUAAACUUUAGCUAUUUCUUCCUUCCUGUCAAUUGUUAUUGGUUUCAGUUUGCAUGAAUCACACUUUGGAAGUGGCAUAACUGCUGCUGUCACGUGCUUGUGUCCCUGCUACUCUACAGGCUCCAAAGCUCUUGCAGUGCAAAGGUGAUGCCAGUACAAACGAGUGCCAUUCCUUGUCAGCUUAUCUCAGCUACAGAGUGAAAUGCCUAUUUCCAGAAAGAAAGGCAAGAAUAAAGCAUGUGAGUAGUAUGUGGGGUGGGAAAAUUAAAUGGAAAUCAGUCUCUGUCAGUAGGUGCCAGGAAACAAAAGCAGGCACUUGCGUGUUUCCUUCAGUCAUCUUUCCCAGGUAGUGGAAGAAAAAUGUGCACAUUGGCAGUCGAGCUGCUGAGCUGGGAAAUAAACAGUGCUGGAAUCACUAAAUUGAAACUGAAUGAAGCUCUUGCUUCAUAAAUAGCCAGAGGAAAUACACAUUCAGAGCACAGAAAUUACAGCUUCAGCAAUCUCUGCAACUUGUGAGACACCAAGGAAAACCCUUCAGCUUCUUUCACAGUUUAGAGCAUAUACAUUUUUUCAAUGUACCUAGAGUAAUAGCUACUUUCAACAGAAGUAAUUUUGUCUAACAUGUAUUACCCUAAUUUGAAUACAUACCAGAUUAGGAGGGUUUAACAGCAAUUCAGUAUUUUUUCUUUAGAUGUUGCCAAAAUUAUACACCAAUGCUUAGUGGUUUUUACGGUCUUUAGAGGCUUUCUAGAUUGCAAUAUACUUGCCAUCUUCAUAAUCUUAAACUUCUGAAGUCUUUUACCUGCUACUAGCCUCAUUUUGCAGUGUGAGGAAAUUGGCAUGUACAUCACUGAUGGCAAUUUAAUAUGUUUCCUGUGUUGAUGCCAUUUGGAGUUUUGCUUUUUUUUUUUCUCCUUUUGUAUGUUCUCUGUGUUCUUCACAUGUAUUUGUAACUCUGUCACCUACUAUAUUAGUAGCUAGUUUUCCCAGUGCUUUUCCAUAACCUUUCCCUAAGCAGAAAGACAAAAAAAAUUCCAGAGUUCCAAGCCCUGGGGGGGUAAAAGGCGCUGUAGUGUCUUGGUUCUUCCUUGGAACCAAUGCCAAGAACAACUCUCCGAGAUACAUUUCCAUGGACAAAGUACAACUAGUGCUGAAGAGCAGGGCUUCAAAGAAGACGCUUGACCUGGAGGGGAAUUGUAUCAUCACAUGUCCUGCUAAUUGGUGCUUUUUAUCAAUUAUGCUAAUGUCCCAAACCCAUAAAAAUGUACUGACCCCUGGGCUGUUGGGCUUUUGUGGAUAUAUGUCCAUAACUGCUCCUGAAGGCCCUUCAAAUAAAGAUCCCUUUUUAUAUUACCUCCUCACUAAAAUUAUCUCAAGUUUCAUUUCCAGGUUGGCCAAAAAGGCAAGUGCUACCACUACACGCUCUGCUACCAUUGGAAUUUGUGUGAAUAUUUAAAGAUUUUGUCAUUUGGUAGUGUCAACUUGUGUUGUUUACAGGACUCUUUCCUGAAUAUUUCCUGCAGUUUAGUCAGAUACUUCCUCUGUUGUCUCCUAAACUCUCUUCAAUAGUAUGUGGUCAUUCUUGUGCACUCUGAAAGGGAGCAUAAAUGAUGGACAAACAAAACUCUUUGCUAUAGGUACCUAAGAGGUAGAACAAAAAGAAAUAAACUCUUUGUGGUGCAGUAUUAUGCAGCUCUACUGCGUAAACUGGAAGGUUUUGGUUUCUUUUUCCUUUCAAAAAUAAGCCGUCAUGAAUAAUCAUAGCUCUGAAUUUCAACAAGGUAAAUAUGGAUGGAAAAAAUUGCAGUUGUGAACUUGGAAUGGACUGAGUAACAUUUACAGGCUUGUUCUUUAAGGACAUGAAAGCUGCUGAGAUAAUGCAUAUUGAACUCUGUAUUCACUGAGUGCUUUUUUAGUUGACAGCAGGAAAGAAGGUCAUAGCUGCUGUCUCUCUGAAAAGUAUCAUGAGUAAUGAAUCUGACAUGGUGCUUGUUAUCUGUUUCAUGUAACAAUCAAUUCUGGGAACUCCGGGGAUGUAUUUUUAGAAGAUCAUCUUUUGCAACUCCUCACAUCAUCUCUCCCCAGUCAAAAAAGGACACAACCUCUGUGUAUGCAAAACAGAAUGUCAAACAUCCCAAACCUUUUCACUGAACUGAUGAUUCAGUUGUGCUCUGAAGUCUCCACAGCAGAGCCAGCGGUGGACCAAUGUUAAAAGGUAUUUCUGACAUUGCCGUGUCUUGGGCAGCGAACCUAUCCUUACCUUGUGAAAAUCAGCACACAUCACAGACCUUCUUGGGCAAACACACACUUACUACAAUGCCUCUGCUUCAAGGCAGUAGUACCUGAGAAAGGCAUUAAUAGAUAUUAUAUGAUGUAAAUCACAAAAAAUAGUAAGGUUGAAUAGAGAAAAAUAAAAUAUGUCAAAAACGUUUCUGUAGUAAAAAUGCCAGAACAUUUACACUGUUCAGAAGAAAUUCUACUAUUAACAAUCCAUGAAGAUGAAUUUAGGUGAUAAGAACAUGAGGUGCUGGUAGCAGAAAACCAAAGAGGUACAAGAAUAAAGAAACCAAAGAGAUAAGGGGAGUAAAAAAAAAGGAAAAACUAUUUGAGAAAGAAGACCAGAAGAAGAGGUUUAUCUAGAAAAGCAUCGCUAUAGUUUAAAUAAUAGCAAUAAAAGAGAAAAGUCUGAAAAAGACUAUUUAGUAGAAUCCAUUUAAACUUCAGCAAAAUGUACUCAGUUAUUUACAGUUUUCUGUGUAAGCUAAAUAUUUGUCCCACUGAGAAAGUGUACUGAGGAGUGAUUAAUCCUUAUUUAUCUGUACUGUAUAUUUUCGUGAGUCUUUAACCUAGUAUAAUAGUCUAUAAAAUACCCUGGCAGAAUUUUGACCAUCAGAGAAUUUUAACAAAGAAUAAAGUUGACCUAU